AUGCUUUGUGCAUCAUUCUCUAUCAUGAUCACUGCUUUGUCCAUCUUAGGUUUGACCCUCACUGCGUCUGCCUUUCCUGGCAUGACAGCAAGAAGCGUCAAAACCCGGCAAGCUGUACCACCCGUCCCACUUCCACUCUCCCAAGUUGAAGGAAACUGUGGCAUCGUUCCUUGCACCACUUUCAACGCUGCUGAUCAGCUCGUUGACGUUCGCCCGGGUACUCCACACCAAUUCGUUCCCCCAGGUCCAAAUGACAAGAGAGGACCUUGUCCUGGACUCAAUGCUGCUGCUAACCAUAAUUUCAUUCCUCACAAUGGUAUCGGUACCGUCGCUCAGUUCAGUGCUGGCCUUGAAGAAGCUUACAACUUUACACCUGAACUCGGUACUGUUCUAGCUACGAUAGAAAUUGUUUUGACUGGAGAUCCUGUUGCAGGUACUUGGUCCAUCGGAGGUCCAUAUCCUGCAAGUCUCCUGGAAGGUCUACUCUCGAGCCCACAGGGUCUUUCCUUCUCUCACAAUGUCUACGAGACAGAUACUUCCAUGACUCGUGCCGAUGCUUACAUGAACAAUGGUGAUGCACACCACCUUCAAAUGGACCGAUUCAUGGCACUCUACAACCGCGCUGAGCUCUACACCCUCGAUAUCGUUCGCCAGCACAACAAGGACAUGCGCGAAUGGUCCGUUCAAAAUAAUCCAUACUAUUUCUCAGCUCCUUUUGCUGGUCUCGUCAGCCCAAUCGCACAUUCGAUCCCCCCUCUUUGCUUCAGCAAUCACUCGGAAACCAAUAUCCAAGGAUACCUGGAUAGAACCAUUCUCAAAUCUUUCUUCGGCGUCAGUGGUCCAGAAAACGCACUCGUCUACACGCCGGGUCACGAACGUAUUCCCCUCAAUUGGUACCGACGGCCAUCUAACAAUAAGCUUGGACUCGUAAACGGAUUGGUGAGUUUUUGCUGCCAUUCUCUAAUCUGCCAGCUAACAGCGACAGGCCGAUCUAGCUGUAACUGCUACCCGGUUCCCCGAACUCAUCUCCAUUGGCGGCAACACAGGCACAGUCAACUCAUUCGUCGGACUCAAUCCUGCGGAUGUAACUGGUGGCGUCUUCAACGCGACCAAUCUCCUGCGAGGUAACAACCUGGCUUGCUUCCUGCUUCAGGCAAUCCAAGCUGCGACACCUUCCUUACUUUCGGGUCUCGUCAGCGCUCUUGGUCUUUCAAGUGCUCUGGACUUGUUGAACAAUGUCAUCAAUCCGGUCAAGUCAACUAUGGCCUGUCCAUUGAUGACAACUUUCGACACUGGAGCUUUCGCUCAGUUCCCUGGUGCUAGCUACCAUCCGCUUUCCUAGGUGAAUUUCGCCCUUUUGAGUUGGCUGGAUAUAGCGAGUUACAUUUGUUCUGGUUGGAGACUAAUCUGCUGCGAAUGACGGUGAUGGGAGGGUCGUUGAGAGCUUGCGGGUGUCUUUCGGUAAUCUGGCAGUUCUUGCUAUGAUAAUAUUUCUCGAUCAAGCCUUUUCCAGUCCCUAAUGGAACUUUUCUUGACACUCUUCUGAUCACCAAAUUGAAACCCUUUGGUGGACAAGAUAAACCCUAACCCGAGGCAGCUCGGCUGUAAUGAGAGAACGGUUGGUCUCCUUCUACCAAGUCACAACUACUCCUUCCAAUACCAACAUCUCGCUGUCAAUCAUCUACACAAUUCUUAAGUUAGUUUCUGGCUUAUCUCACAGGAAACCUUAAACAAGCUCGGCCACGCCGUGUCUUUGCUGAGUCCUCGACUUAAUCACGACCACAAGCAUCAAACCCCUCAUCUCAAUCUUGUCUCCGAGCCCGCUACGCCAAUGUACGUUGAAACUUCAGAGAGACUUGAGUAAACACAACUGCUUGUAUUAGGUGUAGUUUGAUAAAAGAGUCACUGAAGUUCGGCUGCGUCGUAUAUAAUAUACAGACUAGUUCAGUUUGCGGUAGUCCAAAGAGCCAAGGCAUGUGUCGCCUGUUCCGAGCUUUAAAAUACCCCCGAGUUGUCUACGGAAGACGUCGCAAGAGAUUUCUCUACAGAUACACCAUCUAAUCAUUCUGAGGCCCUAAUCAUUUCCCAGGAAGUGCGCUAUAGCAAUAUUUUUCAAGGCUUCUGGGCUCUUGUUUUCAUGGAGAUGCUAAGCGAGAUCCCCAAAUAAUGGGGGUUCUUAUUAGUGCUCUCAUUUUCAAGCUUUUUUACAUUUAUCAACAAGCAAUUGAUGAAAGCCUUACUAUCAG